AUGGUAGGUAUUCUUAAAUUUGUCUUAGAAUUCUUGAAACAUCUCUUUUUGUACUGUUGCCCCUUCUUGUUCUUGAACAUCCCUAUCGAGGCGGUAAUACUGACUAUUAGAUAUGCCUAGGGACUUCCGAGGCUGAUCAAGAAGUGGCAAACAGAUGUAGGCGAACCUUUGAGCCUCCAAGACAGCGAUUUCGAUAGAGCCACAACAUGCAUGCCUGCAUCACGACCGGAAACCGGCCUCACGCCCAUACUGUACAGAAUUGUUAAGGCCAGAAUGAUGACAGCUAUCGGUCAUGUUUGGGAUUUUGCUGCUGACACAAGAUCAUACGAUUAUACCCAGGUCAUAGAGAUGGACAAAGAACUCCAGAAGACUUAUAUGUCUAUUCCAGAUUGUCUGAAAUGGCGGUCGAUGAAUCACUGUAUUACGGACUCCCCACAGGUCAUCAUACAGAAAAUACAUCUCGAUAUUAUGUUUCAAAAGGCAAAAAUCGUUCUCCAUCGAAGAUACAUGAACUUCUCACUAACUAAAACGGAGUACGAUCAAUCACAAAAGUCCGGCCUAGAUGCGGCACUGAAGCUACUUGAGUAUCAAAGUAUACUCCACGAAGAAACACAACCUGGUUGUCAACUUUACCACGAGCGUUGGAGAGUAACCUCAAUAGUUAACCAUGACUUUCUUCUAGCAACAAGCAUACUCUGCUUUUCUUUGAAAAAGUCUUCCCAUGAGAAUUGUGAAGAGCUGGAAACGUCAGUUGUUGAGACUGUCCAGGCUUCUCUCAAGAGAUCACAUAGGGUAUGGGCAAACUUGAGCAACUCGUCAAAGGAGGCACAAAAGGCAGCAGACGCGUUGACUGUGGUUCUUGGUGGUCAUCAAGCUUAUCCGAAAGCCGAAACCUAUGCGUUUGAGCAAAUCAAAACCUCUCCAAGUUACACUGCCGAUCACUACCAACAAGGUGAGUCCAGGAACACGCGUAAAUUUGCUCCUUGGAAUAUUAACAGUGACUAGACACCGUUACUAGCUUCGGUAUUCGGUUCCCCAUUUUCAAUUUUGAUGAUUGGUCAUCUCCGAUGAAUGAAGACGUCUUUGAAGACUUUUUGGCACCGAUAACUGCCAUGAAUGAAGAAUGGCAGGGAGAUGAGGGUAAGAAGUGAUUUCUUCCGACCGUUAAUAUGUUUGACUAACAAUUAUAAGCUCUCAUGGACACAAGAGAUCAGACAAAUUGAUUCUUGGUUCUUAUGUGGUAAUUUCCCUAUGGUGGAAUCAGCAUCAAUAGCGUCAAAUUGAAUUCAUUCCACCCUUGCCCUUUUAGCUAAAA